AUGCAGUUCACAAUCCUUGCCACCAUGAUCUUCGCCUCCGCCACUACUGUCCUGGGUCUCACGGAUACCUACAACUGCUUCGGCGGUACGGCACUGUGCUGCGACUCCACCACUGCCACCAACUGCGUCAAAGCUCUCCACACUGGCUCGAACGGCGCAUAUUCCUGCAUCGACGGUGUCAGCACCACGGAUCCUGCUAGCUUGGGCCACGUCCAAGGGUACUGCUGCUUCGAGUGGAAGAACACCAAUUCUAUCCUCAGUGGUAUCGGCUGUGGUGUCGGUACUGCCGUCGGCGGUAUCUAG